UGCUGUGACAUCUGGUUUCGAACUAGAUUUAUCUCUGGUAUCUGCCGCCAAUGGAUCCAAGCAAAGUCCACAAUCACCGAGAAAGAACACUUCUACCCUUGACUCAACACUGACCAGCACUAUUGGAAGCGUCAAGAAAACUGCUCCGCCGCAUAUACGCGUUCGAGACCGGCUUGUGGGCUUGCUUUCAGCCUCAGGACUUCGGGUCGGAUUACCAUCUGCUGUUUCCGUGGUGUUUUCGCAAAGCGAGUUGGGUAGCACUGCAUCGUCAACGGAGAGAAUAUGCACUUCUUCACAGGAGGUCGCGUCUACAACAUCGCUGCCAGAGCCGUCGGCAAGCAUCACUGACUCCUUCCCGAGAGUCUUCAAAGAGUUUGAUUUCUUGGAAGCCGAACAUGAUAGUGUAUCGGAAACAGCCGAUAGUUGUUUCGGAUGGCUGUCUACCAUGCGUCCAAGAUCCAUUGGAGGUGACGAACCCCAUCAUGAUGACGAUGCUGAUGUUGACGAGGAUGAGGAUUCUGAAAGUGCUCAAGCAAAUUCGGAAGGAGGAGGAGCGUCCACAUCUCGGUUGUCUCGAACUUCUAUCUCUUCGGAGCGGACACCAUGUCCUUCAGAAGUUGAUGAAGAGGAAGAUGAGGGUGAUGAUGGAUUUGGUGAAGUCUCGUCUCAGACGGGUGCAGAUCAGAAGCAGGAUAGGUUGAGUCCGCCAUCUGCGUUAUCUAGAGAAGUGUUGGAGAAAAGGCCGACCGACCGCUUGAAUGGAGUCGAUGAGGAGUCACUUGAUGGGUCAUCGUUCUGCUGCCGCUCGAGAGCAUCUUUAGGAGAAUUCUACUCUUCCAAAACUACACCAACAUCUCCUCUGUACAUACAAUGCCCACAUCAUCUUGAUGGAAAGGUGAGUCAGGUGGAUGCUACAUGGAUCUCGCUCGUUGCUGAACUACAUGACGAUUCCGAAGGAGAGCUGACAGCAUAUGCAACAUUGCUUUUUACCCAGCUUUUUAGGGUCAGUACCUCGAUGUUCUAGGC